UUUGACAGUUAAUCAAAAAUGGUGAAGUGCAGUCGAGAAGACUGACCGACUGAGCUCCUGACUGAAACUCUCCUCUUCACCUUCACUUCGUCAUUUAGCGGUUGUGUCGUUUUUCUACGCGCGAGCCUUCACGUGUUCAUUAGCAAAAAAAAAAAAGAAAAAAAAGAAAAGCACACAAACGAAUGAAUGAGCACGUGAGGGAGCAGAAAACAGACCGCUAAGUGCGGCCAAUGAACGCGGUGUUAGGCUGACCGAAGACAGGCAAAAAGAGAGGAGGUUCCACUCUGUCCUCAUCUCGUGCGUCCACAAUGUUAUAAAAACACCAAGAUAACUCCACUUCAGAUACUUGAUGUAUGCAAUUUGUUUUUAAUAAAAUAAAAUUUAAAAUAUAGAUUUUUUCAUUUUUAGAUACUCAUAUAUUAUUCUGUUACACCGUGUAUUUGAAUAUAUUAUAAUAAAUCCCUGGGCACCAGCAUGUUAAAGGGCCCCCAUGAGCUAGACUAUUUUUUGUUAUUUUGUGUGGUUGUUUUUAGUUUAUUUUUAGUCAUUUUGCAUCCGUUUUUUGUUGUUGUUUUGAGUCUAUUUAUAGUCGUUUUUCAUCUCUUUUUUACUCAUUGUGUCUCUUUGUUAUCAUUUUACAUUUGUUGUCACUUGUUCUGUUUUUGUGUGUGUUUGUUGAUUUUAUGUCUCUUCGCAGAUGUUUUGUGUCUGUGGAGUCUUAUGUGUGUCGUUUUGGUUUUACAUCUCUUUGUUGUCGUUUUAUUGACAUUACAACAAGAAAUAUAAACAGUAAUUUCACACAGAUGCUCUUUGACCCCUUGGGGCGCCUGGUCCUGCCCGCUCCAUUAAACAAGGAAGAUUUACACUUCAUCUCAUGAGCUAAGAAUAAAAUAGACCAUGAUAAAUUUCCUGGAAACAACCCAGUUUGUUUGUUUGUUUGUUUAUAUUCGUACACAUCUCUUGUGCACUCAGACUCAAUGAGAUGAUUGUACAAAAUCCGACGGGGAAGAAUGCCUGCGGAGUGAGUCAUCAUUCUCACAGACGAUCUUUGGCGCUAGCGAACGAGCUACCGCUAACGAGCAACAAGCGGAGACCGGGCAGCGCGUUCCUCGCUUCGGUAUGAUGCCCGAUGACAGCGACAUGACCUCCAUCGUCCAGAGAAUAGCUCGGCAGGCUCUCGUCACCUUCAGGAGCCCGCCCCGGGUCGGUGAGGACGCGGGUAAAUCUUUCCUGGAGAACCAGAGCAAACUGAAGAGCCUGAUGACGGAAGUACGAGCCGCGGACCUGAAGCUCGUCCCGCGGAGAGCCGACGACAGCUCGCCCGGCGGCGUGCUCCCUGCGGUCCCGUACCACCACGGCGCGCCCCCGGUCACCUACAUGCACAUCUGCGAGACGGACCAGUUCAGCAUGGGGGUGUUUCUGCUGAAAAGCGGCGCCUCCAUCCCGCUGCACGACCACCCGGGGAUGCACGGCGUGCUCAAAGUCAUGUACGGCAAGGUCAGGAUCAGCUGCUUCGACCGGCUGGAGCGGCCGGCCGGCGGCACGCAGGCGGCGCCUCCGCUCCCCGCGGCCCAGCUGGGCGCUCUGCGGCGCUCCGUGCUCCGCUCCACCGGGGAGUACACGGAGGAGAGCGGCCCGUGCGUGCUCUCGCCCGACCGGGACAACCUCCACCAGAUCGACGCCGUGGACGGACCGACGGCGUUCAUGGACAUUUUGGCCCCGCCGUACGACCCGGACGACGGCAGAGACUGUCACUACUACAGGGUCCUGACAGACGCGGAGGGGAAAGACCCGGAGCACAAGGAGCAGAAGGAAAAGGAGGUCUGGCUCAUGGAGAUCUCACAACCUCCGGAUUUCUGGUGCGGAGGGGAGCCGUACCCGGGCCCGGAGGUCUCCCUCUGAUCCACCUGACUGACCUGCAUUCGCAAAAUGUCUUGUUUUCCCGGGCAGGUGUGAGGUUUAUUGCCCCUGUAGUGGCACGAGGGUUGGACACGGUUUGGUCUCUAAAUCUUAGAAAUUAAAGGGUCAACUCUGGGCUUUAUUCAUGACCGGGAAUGUAACUUUGCAGAACAGGUGUACAGCACAGCGCCAGGUGACGUCACUGUCAGGUGUUGUUAAGGUGAAACACAAUAACUCAAGUUUCCAUUUCAGUUGGGCAAAAAAUGGGAGCCCCAGGCAACAUUUAACAUCCUGUUUGUCCUGUGAUCCCUCUGUUUCUAUAGUCAGGACUUUCCCCUCAUCACCCUGCUGAGCUCUGACAGCUUCUCUGUUAUAGAGACACUAAGUGAGAACUUUCACAUAUUUGUGUCUGACUCCCAGAAAGAGACUUAAAUCACAUUUUCAUGAUGUAUUUGGUCCUUAAACUUUAAUUUUCUCAUGUCGGCGCUGUUGUCUUAUCUCAUAUGUCGCUGGUGAGGGCAGCGAUUUCUAAAAUACCCCCAGACCAUGUGGGAGAAGUUUGUCGUCCAAUCAGGAGCAGGAGUCAUCCACCAGCUCACAGGGUCAAAAUCUGAAAAUCACCAAAAUUGGAGAUCGGAGUGACGUGAGCAGGAGGCUAAAAUAAGACCCUGAAAGGUAUUUUUUGCAGGAGUAAUGCCAAGAAAUGACAAAUUGAUGAUGUGCAGGGGGCUAGUGCUGCGUUCGAGAGAAGUCGGGAAGUCUGAAUUUGCUGCUUUGCAUCUUGUUCGAAGUCAUUGCCUCAAGUUUUGGAAAUUUGUGCAAGAUUUCUGAACCUCAACAGCAUCACACAGUAAAACUUUAACUCUUAAUGCACUAAUUUUCAGCUUUUGAUAUCGCAUGACCUUCGGUCUGAGGGAGGGAGUUGCUGCUGGGAAAUAGCUCAUGGUAUUUAUUUAAAAUGUGUACCUAUACUAACAGUUGCCUUCAAAGUUAUCGGACAUAUCAGCUAUUGCACGAGGUCUGCACUGCAUGAAAACACUGACACACACAGUCUGGAGUUAUAAUCCUGCAGACUCCUGACUGCACCUUGAAUGCAGCAUUAGAACCAAAUCUGUCCUUUAAGCUGAGUUGACCCGAGCUAAGUUGCCUCUGUGGAAGUUGCCCGGGGAGGAGGGGGAGGAGGGGGACUGUGUCCAUGUGUUUUAAUCGUCUUCCUGCUUCAGGCUUUUGUGGCGUUUGUUUGUCGGAUGCAGAAACUGUGUGAAUCUUCAGGUCUCUUUUGAAGACUGAGAAAUAUCUACAAACUGCAGGUUUUUCCCGGCGCCGUGACGACGACUCUUCAAACUGUAGACGAGCUUCUUCUUGUCUGAGAAAAGUCUGAUCCUCAGGAUUGUGUUUGUGGUUUCAAUCGCUGACUGAUUGUUUGAAACGUGCACUACAUUCAGCUUCUUAGCACAAACUUUGACCCUUGUCCUUUCACUCUUCGGCGCGGCUGCAGUCAGUCUUCAUGAAGAUGUUUCUGGGGGAAUUUGAGGGUUGGCUUUCUAAUAAAGUUUAUAUAGUGAACAUUGUGAUUCUUUGCAGCUCAGACUGAAGCUGCUGAACAAAUACUUACAAACAAAGCAGCAUCGUGCUUCAUGUUGGAGGUUUCUUAUAUGCACUACUGACAAAUGAUGCGUAAUCUGCAACUAGCAUGAAAGUAAAGCAUUUAUAUUAGUGUGGCUGAACUGAAAUCCUUUCAGACACUUUGAAUUCAGAAAUUAAGGGGGAAAAAAAACUUAAAAUUUUCCAUGAGAGCAGUGAAUAAGACUAAAUGUUCUGUCUGUCGUAUCACUGUGGGGAUGUGGACUGAGCAGGUCUAAAUCAGGCCCGAGUCCAGAGUCAGUAGCUGUGUCCAUGUGUUUCUGCCUGUAAUGAAGAGUUUCUGUUUGUUCAUAUAAAAUGUGCUGUUUAUUUUUGCCUAAAUGCGCCUGAUUCUUUCGUGACGAUGAGCUGCUGUUAAAAUUACAAAAAGAGAAAAGGUUCAGGGAAGCAGCUUCACCUCUUUGACGUGAUGUGUUUGAAUCGAGCUGCUGCUCUGAACCUUUCUUUGUAUGUCAAUAAAACUUUUCAUUUUCCAAUCACUGCUCCAGCAUCUGCAGAUUGUAGUUUAUCUGAAGCACAGUGACGCCUUUAAACCCAAAUCUGAAUCUGUGUAUUUGCAGAUUUUAAAACGCGUCUCAGUUUCAUACGGACGCGUCAGAAACCCUCAGGGCCUCUGUUUAUCUUAUGUAAUUGUUUUAUAUUUGGAUCAUGUUUCCCUGCUCCUCCAUGUUCACACUGAAACACUGCAUCUGUUUCACAUCAGAAGCCCAUCAGCGGCUCAGAGGGACUGAUGAUGAUCCGCCUUUCGAUGACGUUUGGCUUUUAUUGUGAAACAUCUGCAGGAAGUAAUUAGUUUCAUUGGCUUUAGCUUGACCUCAAAAAAAAUAGUUAAUCAAGGAGCGACUCAAAACAUUGAUUCUGUCCAGUUUCUGAAGACAUCUCAAGCUAAUGAACGCAACACAGAAGUUAGCAUUAGCGUUAGCAUGGUAGCCAGUAGUUUCAGUCCAGCAGGCAGUGGUUGGCGGCAUCGUGACCCGUUAAAAACUAAGAAGGAAACAACAGAGUGAGACGGUGAUGGUGGUCGGCCAAGUUCAGAGAAAAGAAAACCAUCAGCUACCUUCACAGUCACACUGAGCCUGGGGAAAUCCACAGGAACAUUAUUCUCUAAAAAUAUAAUUGAAUUCACUUUCAGCGGAACUAAGACGCCCAAACCUGAGAAAACAGCUGCUGCAACUGUCAGAGUAAAUAUACUGGAGGAGGGGACAAUAUUUACCUCUCAAAUGUGGGGAAGUGGAAGUAUAAAGUACCAUAAAAUGGAAAUACUCAAGUACUUUUAAAUUAUACUAAAGUACAGUACUUAGAGUAAAUGUACUUAAUUACUUUCCACCACUGCUAAUACGAUUACCGAGCCUUCGGUACAUAGAUUUUAAUAUUGUUCAAUUACCCGACACACAGAGACUUAACAUGAAAUAAUAAACUUUAUAUUGAUGUCAAAACA